AUGUACAAUAUUUCAAAAAUUAGCCGGAGCUUUUCGACGAAGAAGGAUUUUUUCCGUGUCGUUGAAGUUGGAGCGAGAGAUGGUUUACAGGUAAUUUUUCUUGAGAGAGAGAGAGAGAGAGAUGGAAAAAAAAUAACUUGCAGAAAAUUGUAGGCUGAAAAGAAUUUCGUGGCCACCGAUAUUAAAGUCGAAUUGAUCAAUCGCUUAUCAAAAUGUGGAUUCAAAGCAGUUGAAGUAACAAGUUUCGUCUCACCAAAAUGGGUUCCACAAAUGGCGGAUCAUAAUGAAGUUGUUCGACAAAUUGAACGACACGAUGGUGUAAACUAUCCAGUUCUUGUGCCAAAUUUACCAGGCUUGAAAAACGCGUUGGCAACAGGAGUUAUCGAUGAGAUUGCAGUUUUUGGUGCCGCUUCCGAUGCAUUUUCAAAGAAAAAUGUGAAUGCAACAGUUGACGAAAGUUUGAAGAAGUUACUAGAUGUCACAUCUCUCGCACUCGAAAAUAAUAUAAAAGUUCGUGGCUAUGUUUCUUGCGUUGUCGGAUGUCCAUACGAAGGCGCUACAAAACCAGAAGUUGUUGCAAAAGUCGCCGAAAAACUAUUGGAAGCUGGAUGCUAUGAAGUAUCCCUUGGCGAUACAAUUGGUGUCGGAACAGUUAAUUCCGUCAGCAGAAUGUUGAACACUGUUUUGAAGAGUGUACCAGCUGAUAAACUCGCUGUACAUUUCCAUGAUACUUAUGGACAAGCACUGGCAAAUGUUUUGGUUUCUGUUGAGAAAGGAAUUCGGGCGGCUGACUCAAGUCUCAGCGGUUUAGGAGGAUGUCCGUAUGCUAAAGGAGCGACUGGUAAUUUGGCAACUGAGGAUUUACUCUAUUUCCUAGAAGGUUAUGGAUUCAACACCGGGAUCAAUUUGGAUAAUGUGAUUUCGACUGCUUUAUGGUUUAAUGAGGCGACAGGUCGCACGAAAAUGUCGAGAGUUGGAGCGGCAAUUUCAGCAAAACGAGCUUAA